GAGAAGAAGAAGAAGAAGAAGCAACAGAUCGUCAUCCUCACUCCCCCAACACCCCAAAACGAAUCUCGCUACCUCGAACACCCUCUCUCUCUCUCUCUCUCUCUAGAGCAGAUCGCGAACCCUUCCACCUUCUCUCCUCUCCUUCCCAACCUCCCAAAGUUCCCACCUUCCGAUCUCCGCCCCCCAGAUCCGCCCAGAUCUGACCCCCCACCCCCCACCAUAGCAGCCGCCGGCACCAUGGUCGUCGUCUCCGGGAGGCCCAUGAAGCGCUUGAAGCGGCGCGUCACCGCCGACCUCCUCGACCUCCUCACCUUCCCCUCCUCCGGCGUCGCCGCGGGGGGCCCGUUCAGGGCGAAGGUGAGGGAGUCCUCCAGGCACGCGAUGCCGCCGCCGCCGUCCUCGCUCUUCCCCCACCUGACGACGUGGCAGGUGCUGUUCCGGGUGGGGGACGUGGCCGUGACGGGGGGGCCCGACCCGCUGUCGCCGGCGGCGGUGUGCCUCGACGUCGUGGUGGAGGAGGAGGUCUCCAGAUCCAGAUCCGUGUACUGCGACCAGUGCCGAGUCGUCGGGUGGAGCGGGCAUCCGGUGUGCGGGAAGCGGUACCAUUUCAUAAUCAAGGCCGACGGGAGCUCCAUCGGCGGACACCACAAGCCCUGCAUCUGCUGCGGCGAUCUCUUGCACUUCUCCGAGUCCAGGUGCAAGACUUGCAACCAUGUGAUGACCGAGGGGGAUGUGGAGGAUUGGGUGUUCCACCAGCUGGAGAACACUACCCACCUCUUGCACGCCGUGGUCCACUCCAAUGGGUUCGGCCAUCUGCUUCGGGUCAACGGCCGGGAAGGGGGUUCCAGGUUCCUUUCCGGCUGUCACAUCAUGGAUUUCUGGGAUCGCCUCUGUAAAGCGCUUGGAGUGAGAAAGGUUAGUGUUAUGGAUGUAUCAAAAAAGUUUGAGAUGCAAUAUCGACUGCUGCAUGCUGUCACCAAGGGACACCCAUGGUAUGGUGAGUGGGGUUAUGAAUUCGGCACUGGUAGCUUCGGUAUCACACGGGAUGUCUAUAAUAGGUCCGUGGAAAGCCUCUCCAGCCUGCCUCUGUCGACCUUACUCUCUCAAGGAUGGAACCCUUCUUCUCGCUUGCUGGAAGUUAUCUCAUUCUACCAAUCCUUGUCCAAGCGCGAGCUUGUAAAUAUAAGGGAUCUCUUUUGCUUUUUAUUGAGUUUGAUCCAUGGAGCUCGGAAAUCCUUUUCCAGAGAUGGUGAUGCCAUCUUUAACAAGGUUAGUUCCCGUGAUCGUGGGGUCUUGGGUUCUUGGACAAGAAGUGAGGUUGAACGAGUGGAAGAAGCCAUAGUGAGGGUGCUACGGGCUGUAUCCAGUUCUAACUGGGUGAGCAGGCGAGCGCUUAGGGGUGCUGCUUACAGAGUAGCAUCUGCGGAGCUUCUUGAUCACUGUCUUCGGGAGCUCGGGGAUCAAUCCGUCUAUUGUGCGAUGGUCAUUAGCUCUCGGUGGAAUCCUGAUUCUGGUGAUUUUGAAUACAGGCUUGAGCCUGGAGGCACUGCAUCCACUGUGAACACAUCCGGCAAAAAGUCUUCCUUCAUCAGUCAUCCAUCAAAGGAUAAUCUCAUACGGGAUCUGAGAUAUUUGUAUAACUCUAUUCUUCAUCCUCGUACAAUGUUGAAUGAAGGAACUCACGCAACGGAUUAUGUGGAGGCAGCCCAGAGACUCCUUGAUUGCAAGCAGUUCAUGAAAGACUACAGGGCAGAAGAAGCGGCAUCAACUGCGAACCCAUUUUCAAUCUCUCUUCUGUGUCAGGUGGAAGUGGCAGAUCAUGCGAUGUCAAGUACAAUAUGUCCUCCAGAAAUAAUUAAUUUGUCGCCAGAUGCUACAGUUUCUGACCUUAAGCAUGAAGUGUCGAGAGCUUUUCAAGAUGUAUAUCUGAUGUAUAGGAGACUUCAAGCUGAUGACCUACUUGACCAUAGAGGUGUUGAUGAUUCCACCCUGGUCAAGCAUCUAACGGGUGUGACUAACUUAGUUCGUGUUCGGGGAAGAUGCUUCGUGAAAAAUGGGGUUAGCAAGUACAGAAUGGAGAGAGGUCUGGAAAACUGGACGGUGGAUUGCAAGUGUGGAGCCAAAGAUGAUGAUGGGGAGAGAAUGUUAGCAUGCGAUGUGUGCGGUGUGUGGCAGCAUACGAGGUGCUCAGGCAUAGACGACUCGGAGUCGGUUCCAGCAAGUUUCAUUUGCGGGGGUUGCGGGGGGUGCAGGAGCUCAGGCAAGACGACGAUCAAGGCUAGUGAGGGUGACAAGGACGAGGCCAAAGCUUCCGUUGUCGAUAUCCGUGUUAAUCAGAUGCUAACCGAUGGUGUUUUUAUGUUGUAAAUGCCCUCUACACUUAAAUUAUUCUAGUGAAGUUGACCCUUAGGAGGACCGCUUGUACAUAACUGAACAGCUGGACAGAAGAUGCUUCGACGCUUAAUUUUGCGCUACGUUUUCUUCGAACUUGUAAAUGUUUGUUUCUCUCUCCCGAAUGGAAAAGUGAAAAGGAAAAGAUUACCUCGGUUA